AUGGCGGUGUCGACCUCGUCCUGCUCAUUGUCCCUAGUCAUCGACUCAGACUCUGAUGCCAUUUCUCCUCUUCCCGGUCGGGAACUCAGACUUUCUCUUGAUGCCAAAGGUUGCCGCAUCGAAGACCUCAGGGUGAGCAUAAUCAGUCAACAUGUGUACGUUCAACUUGGUCACCGUGUGCGGCGUGACAGCAAGGGCUACGUCCUCAGGAAGAUCACCAGGUGCUAUUGGGUGCCCGAAUUCUGUGAUCUGAACAAGGUCUACUGCACGUUGGCUCUCGACAGCACCUUGACGGUAUAUUUCCCAGUCAAGAGGAGGGAGCUUACGAAGGAAGUGCCGGUGCAAUACUUUCCUGGAGUCUUCUACAAGUUGCCUACCAACGUACAGCUUCAACAGACGGACGACGAUUACAGCUGCUCGACUUUCUCUGAAAGCAACGCCUCGGACGGCUAG